CGUCCGUCUGUGCUGCUGGUUCCGCCGCGCGGCCGGCCGCCCUCCGCCGGUGUGAGCAGGUCCGUGGGCCGCCGCCCGCCGAGCCACCUCCUCCGGGCCCGUCCCAGCGCCGUCCUCCCCGGCCGGCUCCCGCGGGCUCCGCCGACGCCUCCCCGGGCGGCCGGCGGGCUGAGCGUCCGCUCCGCCGAGGCGCUCUCUCGGCGGCGGGCCCGCCCCCCUGAGCGCCGGCGCCUUCCGCUAGCUGCUCUCCUCCCAGCCCCGUCCGCGUCCCCGCGGGUGCAGCCGAAGCCGGGGCUCACAUGGCGGAGGCCGGGGCCUUGUCCCCGCUGCCCGGCCGCGACGGGUGUCCGGCCGACGACGCUGUAAAGAGAUAUGAGCAGAAUGUCAAACUCUCAGGCAUUAAAAGAGAUAUUGAGGAGCUUUGCGAAGCCGUGCCACAGCUUGUCAGUGUGUUCAAAAUUAAGGACAAAAUCGGAGAAGGUACCUUCAGCUCUGUUUAUUUGGCCACGGCACAGUUGCAAGCAGGACACGAAGAGAAAAUUGCACUGAAACACUUAAUUCCUACAAGUCAUCCUGUAAGAAUUGCAGCAGAGCUUCAGUGUCUGACCGUUGCUGGGGGCCAAGACAAUGUCAUGGGAGUGAAGUACUGCUUCAGGAACGACGACCACGUGGUUAUUGCUAUGCCGUAUCUGGAACACGAGUCUUUCUUGGACAUUUUGAAUUCUCUUUCAUUUCAAGAAGUUCGGGAAUAUAUGUUUAAUCUCUUCAUAGCUUUGAAACGGAUUCAUCAGUUUGGUAUUGUUCACCGUGAUGUGAAGCCCAGCAAUUUUUUAUAUAAUAGACGCCUGAAAAAGUAUGCCUUGGUGGACUUUGGUUUGGCCCAAGGAACCCAUGACACAAAAAUAGAGCUGCUCAAAUUUGUCCAGGCUGAAGCUCGGCAGGAUGGCUGUUCCCGAAACAAGUGCCACGGGGUCAUUGGCCACAAGGGCUCCCUGAGUCGCCCAGCACCUAAGAACCUGGAUCAGCAGUGCACCACAAGGACUUCUGUCAAAAGAUCCUACACAAAUGCACAGAUUCACGCUAAGCCAGGAAGAGAUGGAAAGGAGGGGUCUGUAGGCCUUUCUGUCCAGCGCUCUGUGUUUGGAGAAAGGAAUUUCAAUAUACACAGCUCCAUUUCACAUGAGAGCCCCGCAGAGAAAUGCAUCAAGCCAUCAAAGACUGUGGACGUAAUAUCAAGAAAGCUGGCAGUGAAAAAGACGGCCGUCUCUGCGAAAGCUCUGAAUAGCGUGACGAGGAAAGCCACCAGUUCCUGCCUCACCGUCCUGACGUGCGACUGCUUUGGAACAGAUAGAGUCUGCAGCAUUUGCCUGUCGAGGCGGCAGCAGGUUGCCCCAAGAGCAGGCACACCAGGAUUCAGAGCGCCGGAGGUCCUGACAAAGUGUCCAGACCAGACGACAGCGAUUGACAUGUGGUCCGCAGGUGUUAUCUUCCUAUCCUUGCUCAGUGGGCGGUACCCAUUUUACAAGGCCAGUGAUGACUUGACGGCUUUGGCUCAGAUCAUGACGAUUCGAGGAUCCAGGGAAACCAUCCAAGCUGCUAAAGCUUUCGGCAAAUCAGUUUUGUGUAGCAAAGAAGUUCCAGCACAAGAUCUGAGGAAACUGUGUGAGAGACUCAGAGGUCUAGACUCUUGGACUCCCAGGUUGGCAGUUGACCCACCAGGGCACACUUCUGGUGGCCCUGCUUCGGAGAACACUGACCCUCAGGCUUCCCUCGGACAGGCUUCUGCAGCACAGCGCUCGGAGGGCUCCUUGAGUGGAGGGGCCAAUGCUGGCUGUCCCAGGGUCAUUACUGCCAACACGGAAGGCUGGGACACGGUGCCCGACGUCACCUAUGACCUGCUGGAUAGACUUCUGGAUCUGAACCCUGCCUCGAGAAUAACUGCAGAAGCGGCCUUACUGCAUCCGUUCUUUAGAGACAUGAGCUCUUGAUGGCUGUCUGUCUGCCAGCCCUGCUGUGCUGUGAGGGAGCAGAGGAAGGGGUCCUAAUGAUCCUGGGAUGUCCUUAGCAGGACUUCUGAGUUAAACCUCCAUGGUGGCUCAGGUCUUUUGUUUCCUGGCUUGCUUAGCUGAUGCCUGGGCUCAAGGUCCAGACCAUAAAUGAACAGAUUCAACCAAGUAAAUGAAGGAAAACCAGUUUCUAGGCCACUGGGUGGUCUGUGCUGUGAGAGAGAGAGAGAGAGAGAGAGUGUGUGUGUGUGUGUGUGUGUGUGUGUGUGUGUGUGUGUGUGUUGGGGGGGUUGGCUCUUGGUAUAUAGAAAAGUGAUCUUUCCUGUAGGUGUGUAAAUAAACAUAACUUUUGUACAGA